CCUGCGGGCACAUCCGGAAAGUUAUUGAUCUGAGCACAUCACUUCCGGUCUUCACUCCUUUUCUCUGAGCUUCUAUCGACUGUGUGACCCGCGUGUUUACACACUCCCAGAUGAAGGAGUCGAUAAUGAACCAGGAGAAGCUCGCCAAACUGCAGGCGCAGGUCCGCAUAGGCGGCAAGGGGUCAGCUCGCAGAAAGAAGAAGGUGGUGCACAGAACAGCAACAGCAGAUGACAAGAAGCUGCAGUUCUCCCUCAAGAAACUGGGAGUCAACAACAUCUCUGGCAUUGAGGAGGUGAAUAUGUUCACAAACCAGGGGACAGUGAUCCACUUCAAUAACCCAAAGGUUCAGGCCUCCUUGGCUGCCAACACAUUUACGAUCACAGGACACGCUGAGAACAAGCAGCUCACAGAGAUGCUCCCAGGAAUCCUAAACCAGCUGGGGGCCGACAGUCUUACCAGUCUCAGGAGAUUAGCAGAGACCCUGCCUAAACCGGCUGGAGAGAACAAAGGCCCCAUGGUUGCUGCUGAAGAGGAGGAUGAUGAUGAUGAUGUUCCAGAUCUUGUUGAAAACUUUGACGAGGCUUCAAAGGACGAGGCAAACUAACAAUCACCAGCGGACAUUUCGUCAUCUCGACCUACCGUACUUUGACAGAGCAGCAUUUUGUAAUUGUUCAUCUCCCUAAUUCCUCUGUGGCUACAAACAAAAGUAGCUUUUUAAUUGUAACUUUGACAAUUGGGCAAAAACGAAUAAAAUUGACUUUUAAUGGCACAUAUCUUA